AUGGGCGCCUUCAAUCUAGUCGAAUGGCAGAAGCUGCCCGUCAGCCUUACCGAACUCUGCAUCAAUACCACACUUCGCUGCGGCCAGUCGUUCCGAUGGCGCAAGAACGAUGCCGGAGUCUGGUCAAUGGCUCUCCAUAAUCGGAUUGUAUGUCUGCAUCAGGAUACGGAUCACGUAUAUUACCGCUCCAUACCGCCCAUGAGGCUACAAGCGCCGCCGACGCCACCAAGUUCCAACCCACCCUCUGUUGCGCCGGAGUCUGAUGCAGACAAUACGCUGGAGCUACUCAAGCAUUACUUGAACCUCACACCCAAUCUGACUCAGCUAUACGCGCAAUGGUCGGCUUCAGACGCCAAUUUCGCCAAGAAAGCGCCCAAAUUCACCGGCGUCCGGAUCCUGAAACAGGACGCUUGGGAAGCGCUUGUGGGCUUCAUCUGCAGCAGUAACAACAACAUCGUCCGCAUCAGCCAGAUGAUCAGCAAGCUCUGCGUCAACUAUGGACCACUCCUGGGCCACUUCGACGGCGAAGCGUACCAUGACUUCCCAACCCCGCAAGCACUGGCCGUAGACGGCGUGGAAGCGAAGCUACGAUCACUCGGCUUCGGCUAUCGUGCCAAGUACCUGUACCAGACUGCCUGCAUUGUCUCGUCGCAUCCUGCCGACUGGCUGGAUUCGCUACGAAACCCAGAGUCUCCGGCCUUCGGUACCAAACCUAGCCCAAGCACCGAUGACUGGGCCCCCGAGGGUCGCGCAGGCUACCACGCCGCUCACGAAGCUCUUCUCACCCUUCAAGGCGUCGGCCCGAAGGUCGCCGACUGCGUCUGCCUCAUGGGUCUUGGCUGGGGCGAAGCGGUACCGGUCGAUACGCACGUCUGGCAGAUAGCGCAGCGGGACUACAAGUUCGGCAAAGGAAAGCACGCGAGUCUGACCAAGGCGACGUAUGACGCGGUCGGCGCCAAGUUUCGUAGUUUGUGGGGCAAGGAGGCCGGGUGGGCGCAUAGUGUGCUGUUUACGGCGGAUUUGAAGGCGUUCAGUGAGAGAGUCAUUGCGGUGAAGAGAGAGAUGGAGGAAGAGGAGAAGGUUGUGGUGGAGGUUGGAGGGGUGAGGAAGAGGAAGAAGAGAGGGUAG